AUGUUGUCUGAUUUACUUGAUGAUGAUCUUUUAUCAAGACCGAUAACAUUACCAACAUCAACGAAACCUAUGGUUAAUAUGACUAAUACUGACAGUAGUAAUAGUGGUAGUGGCUCAAUUGUAUUAAUGCAGCCUAAACUAGAACCACAACCGGUUGUCUUUGACCAACAACAACAGCAACAGUCUAAAAUGGUACCAAUAACUUCUCGUUAUGAUUCACAACAACAGUGUUCAACAAAUGGUAGUGCAUAUACUUGUUCAAAUUGUACACAACCUAUUCAUGAACGUUAUUUAUUAUAUACACAAGAUCGUUCAUGUCGUGGAAAUUAUUGGCAUAUGCAAUGUUUACGUUGUCAAUGUUGUGAUGCUGUUUUAGCUGAUAUAUCGUCAACAUUUUAUACUAAAGAUAAUGCACUACUUUGCAAGUCUGAUUAUAUUAAAAGAUAUGGUAGUCGUCCAUGUUCAUUCUGUAGUCAAGUUAUUGCACCAAAUGAACAAGUUAUGCGUGUUAGUCCAAAUUAUGUUUAUCAUCUUCAUUGUUUUACUUGUAUUAAAUGUCAUGCACGUUUAGUUAAAGGUGAUCGUUAUGUUUUUUUUAAUGGACAAUUAUAUUGCGAAAAAGAUAAUCCACUUAAAUCAACAACAAAUACUAGUAAUAGUCCAGCAUCAAAACGUGGUACUAAUACGAGUAAACGUGGUGCAAAAGCAGCUAAUGCUGCUGCAUCACGUGCUGCUGCAGCAGCAGCAGCAGCAGCGGCUGCUGCUCAAGCUCAACAACAAACAUUCGCAACACCAACAACACAAAUACAUCAUCAAUAUCAUCCUUCAACACAUACAGGACACUUGACACUAUUAAAUAAUCAUCAUAUACAUUCAUCAACAUCAUCAUCAUCAUCGACACAAAAUACAAUAACACAUUCGUUGCUCAAUAAUAAUAAUAAUAAUACGAAUAGCAACAGUUCAUCAUCAUUGGCGACACCAAGUGGUGAUGAACUAUAUUAG